AUGGUAACUGAUUUUGAAAAACAGCGUUUGCAGAACAUCUCCAGAAAUAAAGAGCUCUUUAAAAAACUCAACUUGGGUGGGCUCUCUUCUGAGUUCCACCGGGGAAUCAAGACUGUGAAGGAGGAAGCACUGGAUCAAGGGAAGAAGAAACGGACCAAAACCGGUAAAGCAAAGGGUAAGAAGAGAACAGAAUUAACACAAGAAAAACCUCUUAGAAGAUCUCGACGACUUGCCGGUAUGCAGUUGGAACCCGAUGGACAAAACAAACUUCAGGACGAGUUGGAGAGACAGAAGAAGGAGAAAGAAGAACAGGACAGACUGAAAUCCAUUCGUUUGAGCGGGAAUGUGAUGCUAAGCGAUAUUUUAGACAGCAAAGGAGACGCAGGAGAUUCAGCAGCAAAGACGUUAGAAAGAUUAUCCAGAUUGGGUAAGUCCUUCUCCAUGGGUGACUUUUAUGAGGCAGUAAAAGAUUCCCAAACUUCCGAUAAGAAGACGUCUCAGCUGAGAGAUGAACUCGAGAGCCUACAACUAUACGAAAAGUAUCUUCCAAAUGAUAUCAGACUUACGAAUCAGCGUAUGACAUCGAUCAUAUUUCACCCUUCUGUGAGCAGAAAGAUCGUGAUAGGUGGAGAUACAAUGGGCUUGAUGGGUAUAUGGACCGUUGAUGACGAUACAGACGAGGAUCUCGCCAUUACACAGUUUAAAUUCCAUGGAAAGAAUAUUCCGAAGUUUGUGGUUCGCAUAGAGCAACCGGAAGAGGUUGUCAGCUGCUCUUAUGAUGGAUCCGUUCGUGUUCUUGAUCUAAGUAAGGCGGUAUCCAGAUCUAUACUGGAAUUUGAUGACGCUUGGGGCGAUGCUUCAGGUAUCUCGGAUAUGAAUUUCAUUGACCAGAACGUAUGCUUCUUUACUACAUUGGGCGGAGAAUUUGGCACUUUUGAUGUGAGAAUGAAGAAGGUUCAGAAUAGAAACGAUUCAGAAGUGUUGAGGCUCCAUGACAAGAAAAUCGGGUCUUUUUGCGUGAAUCCAACCUUCUCGAAUCAGAUUGCUACGGCCUCAUUAGAUAGAAGUCUUCGUAUCUGGGACUUACGUAAGAUCGAAAAGUCCACUUGGUCCGAAUUUGAAGAUGCUCAGUCGCCUCAUUGCAUAGGGUCCUAUCAUAGUCGACUUAGUGUUAGUACCGCUGAUUGGAACAAUACUAACGAUAUUGUUUGCAACAGCUAUGAUAAUACAAUUAGAUUAUUUCAGCUCGGAGAGCAACACACAGAAGAUCCGAAGUAUGUGAUUGAACCAAGAGUGGAGGAAUCGGCUGAAGGAAUGCAGGAUAUACCUAUUAAUUUGACCCCUACUAAUACGUUGAAACAUAACUGUCAAACAGGUAGAUGGGUGUCGAUCCUAAAAGCAAGAUGGCAGUCUAGGCCAAAGGAUAAUAUUCAAAAAUUCGUCAUUGGUAACAUGAAUCGAUACUUUGAUGUUUUCGACAGAAAUGGGACGCAGCUAGCUCAUCUUGGCCAUGAAUACAUGACCUCCGUGCCUGCAGUAGCAUGUUUUCAUCCAACUCAGAACUGGAUUGUUGGUGGUAAUGCUAGUGGAAAAACAUUUCUAUUUAGCUAA